AUGAAUGCUUGUGAUAUUGUGCUGUUAGAGAAUGACAAAGGAACUAAGAGGAUGCAAAAAAUUAUAGUAAUGACUGGGGAAUGCCAUUUAUAUGUUACUCACCCUGUUUCACAGCCUGGCAUUAUUGGUGUACCAAUUCUUUCAUUAGGAUUAGAUGAUGAAGUCGUUCUGGAUGUGGGAGAUGAGUUUGAAGUUAAUGAAACUGAUGUAGGGACCACUGUGGUGCAAGAUAGUGCAUAUGUGAGAGUUGGGUUUAAAGUUGAUGAAACUGAUAUGGAGACCACUGUGGUGCAACAGAGUACAAAUGUAGGGACACAUGUGGGUGAUGAUGGGAUAAAUUGUGACAUUGAGGAUAAUGUGGGUGAUGAUGGGACAAACUGUGACAUUGAGGAGAAUAUGGGUGAUGAAGGGAUAAAAUGUGACAUUGAGGAGAAUAUGGAUGAAGAAGGGACAAAAUUUGACAUUGAGAAGAAUAUGGGUGAAGAAGGGACAAAAUGUGACAUUGAGGAGAAUGGUUUCUUACCAGAUAUUGAGGAGUUACUUGGUAAUGUUGACCAUGAGUUUUGUGUCAAACAUUUAUAUAGCAACUUAAGGAAGAAGUUCCAUGGCCUAAAACUGAAGGAAUUGAUACGGAGGGAUACGACUGCAAAUCAUGUGAAUGCUUGGGAGAAAAUAAUGCUUGAAAUAAAGGGAGUCAAUGAAGAGGCAUUCAAACAUCUCGACAAAAUUCCACCAAGAUUCUGGAGUAAAUCAAGGUUCAGGACAAGUAUAAGUUAUGAUACUUCAGUGAAUAAUAUGUCUGAGACAUCCAACUCUGUCUUUGUAGCUGCUAGAGCCAAACCAAUUGUGACAAUGCUUGAAGAAAUUAGAGUUGCAAGAAAUAGUGAAAAAGGAACAAAGAACGUGAUUGCUCGGAAAUCUUCACAACCCACAACGGCUUCAUCAUUCUUCUUUACCGUUUUCUAUACUCUCUUUUACGCUGCUUUGGAUAUUAAAGUUGAUUCAUUCGUUGUUGUUCUUACUUUUCUUUGCUGGGUUUCUUCUAGUUUCAUCGUUAAUUCCAUCAGUUUCGAACUCGCUUGGAAGUUCGCUGACGGUGAAUCAUCCACGUGCUUGACGGUUUACAAAAACGGCGGUGCUCCGGCGGUGUUCCAAUCCCCGAAAUGCCCUCGCUGGAGACUCUUCGAUUACGAUUCUUCUCCUCGAACUGCAACGCGUUGUCAAUCUUCGAUGCUCCAGGGUCGAAGAAAAUCACAAGAGGAUCGCACUCUCUGUGUACUCGAUGUUCGCAUUCCAUUCCCCGGUACGAUGGGGAUCAGGGAGGUUGUAGUUGGAAUUGUGGCGGUUUUCGAUGGACAUAACGGUGCUGAAGCUAGUGAGAUGGCGUCAAAACUUUUGAUGGAGUAUUUUGUUUUGCAUACUUAUUUUCUUCUUGAUGCAAUGUAUUCUGUUGUAUCAAAGACUUCCACAGGAAAAUUGCUUCACAGGCGAGACCAUGAUCACGGAAACUUAUUGCAUAGGUGGAAAGAGAUUUUAGGUUGGCAAUGGCAUGAACUGCAUUCUGAAAGGUUGCAGAAUGUAUUUUCUGCUAAUUUUGAUGAUUCUUUUCACUUGGAAAUUUUGAAGGAAGCAUUGUUGAGAGCAAUCCAUGAUAUUGAUGUAAGGUUUUCUGAGGAAGCCUCUAGAAAUAACAUUCAUUCAGGAUCUACAGCAACAGUUGUAUUGGUUGCAGAUGAUAAGUUUUUGGUUGCCAAUAUUGGGGAUUCUAAGGCUUUCUUGUGCUCUGAAAAUUUUCAGUCUCCUAAGGAAGCUAAAGCCUCCUUAUUAGAGCUAUAUAGGCAGACAGAGCGUGAUGGUUCUGUUUCUGUGUGGGAUCGUGAAAAGUAUAGAUUAGCUUCUUCCCAUGGGCUCAAUCAUUUUGCAGUGAAGGAAUUGACUAGGGAUCACCAUCCAGACAGAGAGGAUGAAAGAACUCGGGUGGAAGCUGCUGGUGGUCAAGUUCUAAAUUGGGGUGGUUUGCCUCGCGUAAAUGGUCAGCUGGCCAUUACACGAGCUAUUGGUGAUGUGUUAUUUAAAAGGUAG